AUGGGCGGGGCUGCCUGUCAGUCAGAUUCUCCUUCAGACAACGACAACCAGGAGAAGGAGAGCAGGCAAUCCGACAGCCGAGACGACUCAUCACCGAAUGACCCCAACAUCGUGUGGUGGGACAGCGAUACAGACCCCGAGAACCCAUAUCACUGGCCAAAAUGGAGAAAGUUAACCAACUGCGGUCUCAUCAGUUUGCUCACCCUCAUCGAGCCUCUGGCGUCGUCCAUCUUCGCACCCGGCAUCCCAGAGCUGAUGAGAGACUUUAAAAGCGACAACUCAGAGUUGGGAGCCUUUGUCAUGUCGGUAUACGUGCUGGGCUUCGCCUUUGGUCCGAUGAUUCUAGCUCCGUUGUCUGAGAUGUGGGGACGUGUGCCUGUGUACCACAUUUGCAACGUCUUCUUCCUGGCCUUUACUAUUGCUUGUGCUGUUGCACCCUCUUUGGAUACCCUUAUUGUCUUCCGCUUCCUUGCUGGAACAUUUGGAGCUGCUCCCAUGACCAACGGAGGCGGCAGUAUCGCCGACAUGUUCCCAGCUGAAGAAAGAGCAGGAGUCAUGGCAGUCUUCAGUGUUGGCCCCCUGAUCGGUCCCAUUAUCGGCCCAGUCAUUGGCGGCUUCUUGACAGAUGCCAAAGGUUGGCGAUGGGACUUUUGGGUGAUCGCUAUGGUCAGCGGUGCCAUCAUGCUCGGCAUGUUUGUCACUAUGAAAGAGAGUUAUGCCCCUAUCAUCUUGGAACGAAAGACGAUUCGGCUUCGCAAGGAAACUGGCAAUGACCAUUUACGCUCAAAGUUGGACACUGGACUCACCAAGAACGAGCUACUCAAACGAUGCAUCGUGAGACCCGCCAAGCUACUGGUCUUUUCCCCCAUCUGUACCAUCUUUGCCGUGUACCUGGCAAUCAUUUACGGAUACCUCUAUCUUCUCUUUACCUCAGUUCCUUAUGUGUUUGAGGAGGCGUACGGCUUCUCAACCAAGACGGUUGGCCUGGUUUAUCUUGGUCUUGGUAUUGGUAGCUUCGUGGGUAUGGGUUGGUUCGCGUUUGACAGCAACAAGGAAGUUAAGAAGCAAAUGGCUGUCGACAAUUUCAAGCCCGAGUCUCGACUGAAGCUGCUUCCCGCCGCUGCCAUCAUCUUCCCCAUCGGCUUUUUUAUCUACGGCUGGACUGUGGACUUUAAGACUCACUGGAUGGCUCCCAUCAUUGGACUGGCCAUCAUCGGCAUUGGCAACCUUGUCUGCUUCAUGGCCAUCUGCGUCUAUCUCGUCGACGCAUACGAAAUGUACGCCGCCUCGGCACUCGCAGCCAACACCAUCAUGAGAUCAAUUGCCGGCGCUACGCUCCCCCUGUGCGGCAUGAAGAUGUACAAUGCGAUUGGACUUGGCUGGGGAAACAGCAUGCUUGGGUUCAUUGCUGUCGCUCUUAUCCCUAUUCCAUUCCUUAUCCUGAGAUACGGAGAGAUGCUGAGGAAGAAGUACGAGAUCAGCAACCUCUAA